AUGGCACGUUCCUUGGCGGGUUUUCUCUUUCCGCUUUUUUUCUGCGUUUUCCUCGCGGCUCCCGUUCACGCGGGACCUGCCCAGAGUCGCCGUCGCCCCUCCCCUUCGAAAGCUUCCACCUCUGUUUCUGUGUUGGAGACAACGGCGCCAGCGUGUCUCCGCUGCUCGGCGGGGUCCCACGCAGCGUCCGUGAACCAAGCCCACGAAGUCGUUUCCUCCUUUUCCGCUCCGCCGGCAGACCCCGCGCGAUGCGAAUUGUACCUGCAAAAUCUGUUCUGCGCCCUCAACUGCUCCGCCGAGAAAGCGCAGCCUUGGGUCUCUGUGCGCGCCGCCCCCGCGUCCUCGGGCGUCUCUUUUGCCGAGUCAAAGGCGAAAGUCUCGACGACCGUCCGGGUGUGUUCACAGGCGUGCGAACAGUUCGGAGCAGCCUGCCAGAGCGCAGGAAGCGCGCAGGCGCCCCAGGACGGAGGUGCGUCCUUUGUGGAGAAAACGAGUGGGGUCAGACGCCCGGCGCACCGGGGAGAUGCGGGGCGGAACGAAGAAGACGCACCGGGUUUUCUUCAGCUGCACACAAAACACAGAAGCCGCGCGAGUGCAAAGGCGAAACGCAGCGAGAAGUCCUGCGUAGACUUGAAGCUCGCGGGGCUCGCCUUCGUUUCAGUAGAUCAGCCAGCGGCAGGACACGAACGGGCGGGGACACAGGGCGACGCAGCCUGUCUCAGCUUCCUGCAAGUGGAACAACCCGCUGACGACUACACGGCAGAGCAGACGGCAGGCGCCGCCCAAGCGCCUCCAAUGACUCGAACCCAACCAAUUGCGGAGCACGACCAGCUGGCGGAUCCGUCGACUCUCGUACCAGGUGUCCCCCUCAACCCACAGCCCGCUGACCUAGCAGGCACUGCCGCUCUCCCCCAGGCAUACCCUGACGUCCCUUUGGGCCCAACUCCUGCAACCGUCGCCCCUCAAGACCCCUCCGGAGUUGCAGCAGGCGUGGCAGGAGCCGAGACCGUCGCCCCAACUCCCAUCCCGUCUGUCGUCCCAGCUGCCGCUGCGAAUCCAGCGUCCCCGACCCUAGCCUCGGUAGCUCCGACUCCUGUCUCUUCGCCACUGGUCCCUGCCUCUGUGGCUCCGACCGGCAGUCCCGCCGCCGUCACAGGCGUUCCGGACGCGUCGCUUCCUGAGGCUCCCGCUUUUCAGGCACAGCCUGUUGUAACGCCUCAGGCACAACCUGUUGUAACGCCUCAGGCACAGCCUGCUGUCUCUUCUGAGGCACAGCCUGUUGUAACGCCUCAGGCACAGCCUGUUGUAACGCCUCAGACACAGCCUGUUGUAACGCCUCAGGCACAGCCUGUUGUAACGCCUCAGGCACAGCCUGCUGUCUCUUCUCAGGCACAGCCUGCUGUCUCUUCUCAGGCACAGCCUGCUGUCGCUUCUCAGGCACAGCCUGUUGUCGCUUCUCGGGCACAACCUGCGGCCACAACCGUACAGGCAGCAGUGUCUUCGACCGCUGGGGCUUCAGCUGCGACAGGUUCCACUGUGGGCGCACAGCCAGUGGGUGAACCCGCUCCUUCCCCUGCAGCAGGGGUGCAAGCGGCGGGUGCCCCGACGACGGUCUCCAGACGUCAGGCGAUUUCGAGCGAGGCAGGAGCGGCGGGGACAACAGGGGCGUCUCCAACCGUCGCCGUUUCCCAAGGGCGCGUGGUCGACCUGAGGCAAGGUGUGAAGACGACCGGUCACUUUCGAGAAGCCCAGACGCUCGAGGUCGUUCCGGAGGACGGAUUCUGCAUGAGCAACUGCGAGUGCUGGCCUGUCUGGGCGUCGGCGAUUGUCGUCUUCGUGGUCUAUCUGGCGGCAACUUUCAUUGCGAUCGUCAUGAUGGCGAGUCUCUUUUCUCGGGGUCUCUGGUCGUCCACCUUUUACCGCGGAGGCGGCAACUGGCUUAUCGGGUCCUCGGUCAUGGGCGCGGUCACCGGCGGCCUCGUAGGCGGUCUCGUGACUCAGUGCGUCGCGGGCGGCCUCGGCCUUGCCGCUGGCUUAAUGACGCUCUGCUGCUCCAUUUUGCUCGUCGGGCGACGGGGGGCGUGGCUCGGAGCUAUGGGCGGAAUCCUGACAGGCGCCGUGGUGGGCGCCAUGAUCAACACGGGCGGAUUUGCAAUUGCAUUGGGCGGAAGCAUCGGAUUGCUCCUGGGAGUCAUCUGCGGGUUCGCGCCGAUCGCUCGCCAGCUGAAAGUGAACGAGCGCUACAUUCGUCAGGGCAUGGCGGCAGCGGCGAUGGCAGGAAACUCCGGGAAGAAACACCCCGAAGGAGGGCGGCGGGGCGACGGCGGCGUUGACCACUUCCGUGGCUACGAUCCCAUCGGGUCUGGCCCCGAAGACUCCCAGAGGCAAUCGCGGCCCAGCGUGCUCGGCAACAUGCGGUCGUCCUUGCGCUCGGAAGCGACCGCCGGCUCUCUCUCGGCUCGGCUGCGCUCCGUCGCCGCCGCACACAACGCCUACACGGCAGAUGAAGAAAAACUAUACGACCACGGGAGAUCUGUCGAGAGCGACAGCCACGAGUUCAGGACCGACAAUGCGCCGUCAAGACCCGGAAGUCCCCUCUCUGCGGGUGGUGUGGACGACGAGGAGUAG